GCCCAGCAGCACGGGCAUGUUCUGCGUCACUUUGGCGGCCUAGUUACGCAGGUUGUUGUUGCGCUGGAUCCAGGACAGGACAGUGGGGUUGGUUCUUCGCCGCACCCACCCACCACUACCUCGAGGUCCGUCCCUCCACAACUUGGACCUCUGGUGAUUCUCCUCUUUUCCUACCAACUACCUCAUCCCCAAACGCAUCGACAGCUCGACUCACGCCUCAUUUACCGACAACAUAGCAGACAACACCUUGUACAUUCUGCAUCUUCUUUCACCAUGGCUCCUGCGCCGAACCCUAACCUCCCGCUUCAGGAGCGGGUGCUCGCUCUGGUCCAAACCCUGCAGUUCGCUUGGUUUGCUGGACACGUCACUCUUCUUUUCACGACCUUCCGCUAUGCACUGUCAUGGAUCCGCAUGAACUACUACACCCGCAUGGCCCAGUUCUGCUACCGAACCUCCUUCGUCGCCGCGGCGCUCACCUACGGUAUCGUAGUCUACAAGACCCAGCGCGCGAGGGCAAAGACUGGCGCCAAGGCUCCUCCCAGCGCCCUCGGACUGCUCUCUGACGAGAACGUCCAGUACCUGCUGCUCGCCCUUGUCUGGCUCUUCUCUCCCCAGUACCCGCUCGCCCUGCUGCCGUACUGUGUCUACUCCGUCUUCCACUUUGCGACCUACACCCGCGCCAACCUGAUCCCGACCAUCUCGCCGCCCAAGAAUGCCGCCGACGGCGCGUCUGCCGCGGCCAAGGUCAAGACGGACAGCCCCCUUGCGGCCCAGAUUGGCGCCUUUGUCAAGGAGUACUAUGACGCCAGCAUGGCCGUCGUGUCCGGUCUCGAGAUCCUCCUCUGGUUCCGCGUCCUCUUCUCCGCCAUCCUUUUCCAGCGCCGCUCGUGGAUCCUGAUCGUCCUGUACACUGCCUUCCUGCGUGCCCGCUUCUCGCAGAGCACGCACAUUAAGAACUCGUUCGCUCAACUCGGCGCCCGCGUUGACGCGCUUGUCGGUGCGCAGGGCACGCCCCCUGCAGCUCGCCAGGUCUGGGACGUCGUGAAGAACGCCUCUAGGCAGUUUGUCGACAUCACGGAUGUCAGCAAGUACAUUGGUGGCGCCGGCCCCGCCAAGAAGACCUCGUAAGGAGCUUAUCUGGCGACUCGAUAGGAGCUUAGCGAGCUUCAUGUGGUGGAUGUGCGGACACUUGAAGCACACACAUUGGGCAAGAAGUCAUCAGAGGUCUAUCGAUACAUGGAGCCUGCAAAAGAAAACAUGACAGAUGAUGGUGAUACGAUACCCAGGGCGAGGGUGGAGUGAGCCAUGUGAUGGGUGGCACUGGGCUGCCGUGAUAGUGCCACGAAUGGCCGUCUGCGACGAUGGAUAGGGCGGAGAGGGAGAUUAACUUGCUUGCGAUGCGUUUGCCCUACGUUUACUCUGCAGUUGAUUUGCUUUUUGGGUUUGGUAGAGGGGUAGUUAUGGUUCGGAAAAGGGGUUUGCUAGUGAUUCGCAGGUGUUGACUUGACUGUUGGCGAUAUGAUGAACGACAAUGUUACCUCGUUACUAUCCUCUAC